GUUUGUUUUUCUUUCGGAAAACAUAUCUCGAAUUCUCUACUGGACCUCAUAGUAAUAACCAGUAAUUGAGUAGGCUUCUCACCGGGAGGGUAAUGGCGGCGAUUGCAGCUUCUACUCUUGGAGUCCCUCUUCGGACUCCAUUUUCUUUUUCUUCUUCUUCGACAUGGCGCAGAUCAAUUGUGUCUCAAUCUCUUAACGGCUCUCCCGAUUCUACACCAAGAGUUGGCACAACAACAGUGGAUCGUGUGGGGAGAAGAGCAGCUUUUAUGCUUUCACUUGGGUUGCUCGCUCAAUCCAAGUGGAGUGGAGUAGCGACCGCUUCUGAGUUUGCAGACAUGCCCGCACUCAGGGGAAAGGAUUAUGGCAAGACCAAAAUGAAGUAUCCGGACUACAUUGAAACCAAUUCUGGACUCCAGUAUAAGGACCUCCGCGUUGGCAGUGGCUCAACUCCUAAGAUCGGAGAGACAGUUGUGAUUGAUUGGGACGGCUAUACGAUAGGAUACUAUGGGCGCAUAUUUGAAGCUCGAAACAAGACUAAAGGGGGUUCAUUUGAGGUAUAUUCUACAAAAUUGUUUCUUGGUUCUUUUAUUUGUUUCCAGGUAAUACCAGCUUUUGAGGAAGCCGUUUCAGGCAUGGCUCUGGGUGGCAUUCGAAGGAUAAUUGUGCCACCAGAACUAGGGUACCCUGACUAUGACUACAACAAGAGUGGUCCGAAACCAACGACAUUUUCGGGUCAGAGAGCCUUGUCCUUUGUGCUGCAGAACCAAGGUCUGAUCGACAAAACUCUGUUGUUUGACAUUGAACUCAUCAAAAUCAUCCCGCCGAGGUGAUUCAUUGGCCGGGAGAGACCAAGACACGUUUUGGGGCGGCCUCUUUGGUGGUGGUGCAGGAGAUAUGCUGAAGUAACGCUCUUUUAUGGAAGGGAGGAGCAGGAGCCUCCAUUACGCGCGUGUUAUUUCAGUGUAUGAAUUCAGAUAGGAGCUGUGGAGAAUUGGAGAUGAUGUUGAGCAAACGACUGAAAAGGAAAUGGUAUAGAGCGAGUCAGGUUGAGGUUGUUUUUUAUCACUUAUGUUGAUUGUUGUCAUAAUUCUUUUUACGUAGUUCGUCCCUAGUUCAUCCCAUGUUACAUGAAACAUCUCUAGUUCAUCCAUUUUGUAUGCAAGCACAAUGGAUUUGGAGUAAUCCUCGAAAGAUAUCAAUUAUGCAGCAAUGUCGGAUUAGUUAUGAA